AUGGGCGUUCUCGACAACAUUCGCGGUCGCGACACUUCUCAGCUCAGCGCUGCGCUGCMCCGCUCGGAACCCGCCGAUGUUCCUGACGAGAAAUCACCCGGCCAAGCCCAGGAUAUCUCCUCAAGCGACUCCGACACUCUGAGUCUGGAGGCUCGAAAUGAGAAGGAAAUCCGACUUCAUCCCGAUCAAAUCACUGCCAAUGCAGAGCUUGGUGUUCAAAAGGCCGAAGCUGUUACGCUCGUUUGGGGCAAGAAGACCGUCUAUGCGGUUUAUGCAUGGAUUUGGAUCUGCUUCUUCAUGCUGGCUUUCCAGUCAGCUGUGGGCAACAACUUGCUUUACACUGCAUACUCUGAUUUCGCUUUAGCACCCGCCGUAUCGACCGCUAGCAUCUUAGCCAGCGUCAUUGGUGGUGUGCUUAAAUUGGCUAUUGGUAAGACUCUCAACUUGGUGGGCCGCGCCGAGGGUCUCCUGUUCUUUGUAGGCGUCUACAUUUUGGGUAUCAUAUUGCUUGCCUCGUGCAACGGCCCAGAUGCCUACGCAGCUGGUUAUGUACUGUACUGGAUCGGGUACGACGCUAUUUACCUGAUUCUCGAUGUGUUUAUGGCCGAUACCUCGGGUUUGCGCAAUCGUGCUUUCGCUUUUGGAUUCGUCAGCACUCCAUUUAUCUGCACCGCUUUCACUGGUUCACUAGCAGCUCAGUCCUUUAUCAACACGAGCGGAUGGAGAUGGGGCUAUGGGGCUUUCGCCAUCAUCAUGCCUUUUGUAUUCGUCCCUCUAGCAGUCGUUUUCAAGUACUAUGAACGCAAAGCCAUCAAGCUAGGUCUCUUCAAACGCCAAGACAGCGGUCGUACAACGAUGCAGUCAAUUUUGCACUAUUUCCAUGAGUUUGAUAUGAUCGGCGCAUUCCUUCUCAUGGCAGCCUUUGUUCUAUUCUUACUCCCAUUCAGUCUGCAAACAUCCAACCGCAUCACAUACGACAGCGCUGCAUUUAUUGCCAUGGUUGUUAUUGGCAUCUUGUUGUUCCCCGUCUUUGCUGUUUGGGAAGCAUACUUUGCGCGUACGCAAUUCAUCCGAUGGGAACUUUUCAAAAACCGCACUGUUCUUGGUGCCUGCAUCUGCGCCGCGACAGUCAACUUUGCCUUCUACUGCUGGGAUCUGUACUACUACUACUUCGUUAUGGUAGUGUACGACCUCGAUGUUUCCCUAACCGGAUACAUGACGCAGAUCUACAACGUCGGAUCCUGCUUUUGGGGCCCUGUUUUCGGCAUGUACGUUCGUUACACCCAGGAAUUCAAGUGGUUCUGUUUCUUUUUCGGCAUCCCACUUUUGUUUUUGGGAGCCGGACUAAUGAUUCACUUCCGUGGCCAAGAUGGAUCUAUCAACUACAUCAUCAUGUGUCAAAUCUUUAUCGCUUUCUCUGGUGGUACUUUGGUCAUUGGUGAAGACAUGGCUGUCAUGGCAGCCUCUGAUCGCGAGGGUGUGCCCAUGAUGCUCUCUCUCGUCAGCUUGUUCAGUAGCAUUGGCAGUUCCAUUGGAUCUGCCGUCUCCACUGCCAUUUUCUCCAGCACGUUCCCCAGAGGUCUCCUCCAGGCUCUUCCUGAGGAUCAAAAGGCCAAUGCCACGGCCAUCUAUCUCGGUGGAUACACAACACAGCUUUUGUAUCCUGUCGGGAGCCCAACACGCGAUGCCAUCAAUUAUGCCUGGGGUUACAGUCAGAAGUACGGCGCCAUUGCCGCAACGUGUGUGACUAUCUUGUUGAUUCCUGCGGUUGGAAUGUGGAAGAACUACCGUGUCGACAAGGCGCAGAACAAAGGAACUCUUUUUUAG